UGGAGCCCAGACAGUCGGAUGAAGGGUGUUGAUACUCGCGCUCCCCUCGCGCAAGAGGACUUUCCGCAGGAGCGCACGAUAAGGACGCAUGUGGAAUUUUGUCCCUGACGCUGCAGCGUUAUGGACGGGGGAGGCUUUUUUUUCUAGACAGACUAUUUUAGUUUCGGGCCAGGAAAGUGUUGAAAACUUCGGGAUUUAUCACUUGUCUGAUUUGUGUAAUAUUUACGAUUCCCGAACAUAUUGUUUUAAGGAAUAACGCUAUCUUCGUUUUAGCAUAGUGACAUCGGUGAUUUUUUUUUUGUUUGUUUGUUUGUUUUACAGUUGUUACAUUUUUACUUAUCUUUCGGGGAAGUAUUUUAUUUGGAAUGUCUUCAAAGAUGUUGCUAUCCAAGUUUGGAUCGUUUUCUCACAUUUGCAGCACGACUAAUAUCGAUCAUUUGCCAGUGAAAAUUCAACUCCAAACAGUUAAAACUGAAAGAGAGCCGUUUGAUAAAGUCUACCAUGUGGGAUCAGUGUUGGGGAAUGGUGGAUUCGGGACAGUAUACGCCGGUAGUCGGAUUUCAGAUGGUUUGCCGGUCGCUGUUAAACAUGUGGCCAAGGACAGAGUCACCGAAUGGAGUACAAUUAACGGUGCUUUGGUUCCACUGGAGAUUAUCCUGCUGAAAAAAGUAGGAAAUACGUUUCAAGGUGUGAUUAAAUUGAUUGAUUGGUAUGAGAGACACGAUGGUUGGUUGAUAAUUAUGGAACGACCGGAGAUGGUUAAGGAUUUAUUUGACUACAUAACUGAGAAAGGGGCUUUGGACGAAGACACGGCGCGGCGGUUCUUUCGACAAGUACUGGAGGCUGUUCGACAUUGCUACAACUGCGGUAUAGUUCACCGAGAUAUCAAAGACGAAAACCUGCUAGUGGAUUUACGUACAGGAGAAUUAAAGCUCAUUGAUUUCGGCUCUGGGGCGAUUCUCAAGGACACCGUAUAUACUGACUUCGAUGGCACAAGAGUCUACAGCCCCCCAGAGUGGAUUCGCUACCACAGGUACCAUGGACGCUCAGCGACAGUGUGGUCACUAGGGGUAUUGUUAUAUGAUAUGGUGUGUGGGGACAUACCAUUUGAACAUGAUGAGGAGAUUCUGCAGGGUCAUCUCUUCUUCAGGAGAAGAGUCUCUGCUGAGUGCCAACAUCUCAUUAAAUGGUGCCUUUGCUUGAGGCCCUCGGACAGACCUACACUGGAGCAAAUAUUUGAGCACCAGUGGAUGCAUACAGAGAAGGACUCUAAGGCAGUGAACAUUACACUUCUAGUAAUUGACACAGAUUCAUCAUCAAGCACAAAUUCAAGCAAAGAGAGCCUCUGACAGCAAUGGAUAUACUGACUGAUUCAUGAUCCAAAAGUGGUUACUAGGCUGCAUCUAAGUUACCUUAACUUAUUUUUCAGUCUUUUUUCAUUUCAGAGGAAUGAAUUUUUCCCAUGGGAAUUGCACAAACACUAAUGCUAGCAACCCUAUGACUAUAUUUGUUGCUCUUAUAGAGCUUAGCCUUGGAAUUUACUUUUUAAACUUGGUUAUCAGUGCCUUUUUUACCCCCAAAAAGCUGCAUUUGUUAGGACCUAAAUUUUCAUGUCUUUCUUGCCCCCUUGUGGUGGGUGUUGGAACAUACUCACUCCCUUCGCCCCCCCCCCCUUUUUUUUUUGUGCACACGCGAUAUUAAAUAUACACUUUAACUCCUGUUUUGUUUGUUUUUUGUUUUUGUUUUUUUUUCUUAAAGUGUAAUGUUGCAGAUCUCUAUUGUUCAUGCAUUAUACCAUCUCUGCUGUCUUUGGCUAACAUACUUGGGUGAUGUGCACAAUCAAUGCAAUAUUAAUGGAUUCUAGGGUUUUUUUUCAAUACAUUUCGUAUUGUAUUUAUGUAUAUUCUGUCCCAUGUACAUUAUUUAUUCAUACAAAACAAACAUUGCACAUUCUGUGGCUGUUUAUUUAUUUAUUUAUUCAUUUUAUACCAUCUACAAAAAAGGGGGUGGGAAGCUAGCGUUGAUGCCCUUGGCUUAUUUGUAGCUCAAGACUAAGAAACUAAGCCUAAACUAAGCCUAACUGAUGCAUCUUUAAGUGGGACUAAGAUAUUUAAAAGAUUCCAAGUUAACGUAAUAUGAUUCUAGACGAUGUGAUCAGACUUCCAUGCUAGAUGGAAGUAGCGUUGUAGUUUGUACUUCCACUGCGGCUGUGGAAUUCAGUCUGUUUGCAUUUGUGAAACGUUGCUGACUAUAUUUUUUAUAUGCAAUAAAUUCUUUUAAUACGA